CGUGGCGGCGGUCCUGGCGCCCGUCGGCCCCCGCUGACCGGCCGCGGAGCCCGCUGUCCCCCGGCCCGGUAAUCCGGUCUGCUCGCCUCUAUCCUGACGGCCGCGGCUCGGUUCAGCUCCUCCACAAAGAUUCCACUGACCAAUGAGCUGCAGGCCACCUGAACAGGAAGUGACGGGUCUGUGCGGACCAAUCUGCAGAUGUAAAACGGCAGCGGGCGGAAGGCCCGCCCCCUGACUGUCGAACCGGAGCGCGCUUCGAGAAAAGCCGUGCGAACCCGUCCGAGCUCCGCGGUGCCGCUCCAGUUUCAGCAACAUGGAUACAGAGCUGUUUAUGGAGUGUGAGGAGGAGGAGCUGGAGCCAUGGCAACAGGUGGAUGACAGUGUGGAGGAAGAUGACAUGGACUUCAUGGACAACUAUGGAGAGCCAGUGGAGGAUUCUCCAUCUCCACUCCCAGUCUCUGAGACUCCACCUCCAAGGACCCCCCCACCCAUCACAUCUGCUGCAACAGCUUCAUCACCUGCCCAGGUCGUCUCCUCUUCCUCUGUGAUACCUCCUUCCUCUGUCGUUACCGCCUCCUCCUCUGCCCCGCGCCUCCCUGUUGCCUCCACGGCCCCACGCCUGAUGGCUCAAGCUCCACCACUCAUCCUGACUCAGACAGCGGGUGGAACGUUCCUACUUCCAGCGGCCGCCGGCACUGGCAGCAGCCAGCCCAUCCUGCUCACCACUACACAGGGUUUCCCGGUGCAGACGGUGGUGAACCCCGGCGCUCCUCUGGUUCUGAACCUGCAGCCGGGUCAGACGGUGCAGCCGCUCACACUCAUCCGGUCCCCGUCGCUGGGUCAGCUGGUUCGGCCCAGUGUGGGCGUGUCGCCGGUAAGGUCAGGCCCCGCCCCCUCAGGAGGUCCCGCCCAGCCCGGCUCGACCUUCACUGCCAUGCAGCUGCCCGCCACGCUGACGAUUCGCACCAGCACACCAGCACCCGUUAACCUCCACGUGACCCAAGUGGGCGGAGCCAAUACACUGAAGGUGGCUGGGUCCCCCGCCCUCCCCUUGGGUUCAGCCAAUGGCGUCACCAGAGCCACUCCCAUCAGCAGCGGUACACCAAUAACCUGUCAGUGCUUGUGUGUGCUCAGAUUUGUUACGUCUUACCUGUGCGUGUGUGUGUGUGUGUCACCUGCUCCCACAGUCGCUCGCUCCGCCCCUUCGACUGUCAGCACAAACUCUGCUGACUCCACCCGUGUGGUGAUGAGCGUGGAGGAGUUUUAUUAUGGCACAUUUGAAGGUGAUCUGAGUCUGAGGAAGCCCCUCCCACUGGGAAUCAAAACCUCCACCUUCACCUGCCAGAUCUGCUCUCACCUGUCAGAGAAUAACCUGAGGUUGAUGCAGCACAUGCUCCAGCACUCAGAGCUGAUUAAUGGUGGCGGCGAUGAGGACAGGAAGUGCUGCAGGUUCUGUUAUCGUCAGUUCUCGUCUGACGCUCAGCUGCAGAGCCACGAGGACCAGGUGCACGGCCCCACCCUCUCCUCCUGUAUGUGUCGUAUCUGUGAGUGGGCGUUUGAAAGCGAGCCACUCUUCUUAAACCACAUGAAGUCCAACCACAAACCGGGUGAGAUGCCUUACGUUUGCCAGGUGUGUUCGUUUCGCUCGUCCUUCUACUCGGACGUCCUGCAGCACUUCUCCAGCUUCCACAGAGACUCGUGCUUCCUGCUCUGUAUUUUCUGUCUGAAAGUGACCAGAAAUCCUGUCAGCUACCGGCAGCACCUGCUCAAACACCAGAUAAACCAGGCCUUCCACUGUAACAGGUGUCGUCUGCAGUUUGUUUUCCUCAAAGACAAGAUGCAGCACAAACUGGAAAACCACCGCAGCUUCCGCCGCCCGCCUCAGCUGGAGGGCCUGCCGCCGGGGUCAAAGGUGACCAUCAGGACCUAUGGCAAGAUAAGGCCCUCGGUGACAUCAGGAGGAAGCCGCCUCCUCCAGAACCCCGCCUCCCUCAUCCAGCCAAUCAAGAUCAAGAUGGAGCCACAGAGGUCUCUGAUCCAGAAGAACCCCACAGCAUCAAAAUUACCGCGGUCCCCGACCAAGAAGCUGGGCAGCCGUCGAAUCCAUGGCAACAGGAGGUCAGGUGAUGACGACAGGUUGGUGUGUUUGGAGUGCGGGACCGACGCCUCCGAUUUCUCCGCCCACUAUCCGACUCACGUCCACUGCCUGCUGUGCCCCUACAGCAGCUGCUGCUCCCGGGCCUAUGCUGCUCACAUGAUCAACCACCACGUCCCGCGCUCCAAAGACAAAGCCGUCCCCCUGCACAGGCUGCCUCCUCCAUGCCCGUUCCACCUGCAGUGCUUCAGGUGUGAGUUCAGUUCUCAGACAGCUGACCUGAUGGCCAAUCACCUGCUGAUGAACUCGGAGCAUCACAGCGCCACCUGCAGGAUCAGGACCUAUGUUGAACCGGACAUCCAGUUCUGCCACAGUGAGGAGCCACAAUCUUCAAAAGGAAGGGAUCUAGACCAGAACAAGGACUUUCCUGACCCCUCCUGGAAGUCAGCAGAUGGUUGGAAACAGCCAGCAGGGGUUAAUGAUGCCUACUCUUCCAUCCGCCCCUUCACGCAGAACAGCGGCCCUCACCACUUCCUGUCCAAGAGCAGCGACGCCAUAGACUACUUCAGCCUGGUCUUCCCGGCAGCACUCAUCGAGCUGAUCACCAAUGAGACCAAUGCCCACGCCAAAACUUGUCGUUUCCUCAGCAACACCUGCCUUGACUGGAUUCCUGUCACCACCCACGAGAUCAAAGGUUUCAUCGGCCUGGUUAUUCUGAUGGGCAUCCAAAACCUUCCCGACCCGUCGCACUACUGGUCCUGGAGUCACUAUGACAACAGCUACACUUUCUAUCGAGCAAUGAGCUUUAAACGCUUCAAGCAGAUCGCCACUAACAUCCGCAUGGGCAGCUUCACCACAGACGAGUACCGUGGCACCAGCAAUCCCAGCGAUUCGAUACACAUCUUCAGGCCGAUGCUGGAAAUCCUGAGCAAAGCCAUGUGGAAUGCCUACCGGCCGAACUGCUGCCUAACCAUCGACAGGGCGCUGCUGCCCAGCCUGGAAGAGGGCAGCAGCCAAACCAAAGGGAACCCGAAGACUCAACCUCAGGUCUGGCUGCUCUGUGACUCAAAGUCUGGUUACUGCCACCGUCUCUUCAUACAGAUGGGGGUUAAGUCUGGUCAGGAUCCAGGCUUCACCAUAGUGCCGGAACUGGUGAACGGUCUGGAGGGAAAACACCACCAGCUCUACCUUGCUAACUCGCUCACGUCUGUUCCACUUAUGCAGAAGCUUCUGGAUCAGGGCAUUUAUGCCUCCAGCUCCUUCCCUCCUCCCAGCUCCAUCCUACCCAGGGAGCUGUGGGAGGAGGGCAAGCUAGAGAAACCAGGGGACUUCCUACAAAGACAGUUUGGCCCCCUGCUAGCCACUCGCUGGAGGGAUACCAAGGAAAUGGGGUGUCUAUCAACAAAUGCAACUCCAAAUGAGCCAGAUACUGUUUGGAGAAGGUCUCAAACCAAGGUAGGUGGACUGGACCCCAUUGACCGCCCCAUGGCCUUCCGCUUGUUGCAGGAGAACAUGCGGGGUGUCGACAUCUGCAAGCAGCUGCUGGCGUGCAACCCGCUGGGAGGGGUCCCUCAGGACCGUCAUUGGCGCAGCCUUUUCUGGUUCCUGAUCAACCUGAGCAUCGUCAACGCCUUCAUUGUGCUGCGUGAGAGCCGCAAAGAGAACCCUCCCGCCUGGGUACAGGAUGGUCUUUUUACUCAGGUAAAUUUCCGCAAGCGCUUGGGCAAUCAGCUCGCCAAGUGUGCCCAGAAAUACUUCGAGACAAUGGAGAUUGCAACGUCGCGCGUGACAAGGAACGAGGUUGCAGAGGAGCCAGUCAAACAAAGGCACAGGAUGACGAAGAUCAGUAACGUGUCCAAGAGGUGCAAGAACUGCAACUUGAAGAACAUCCGCCACGAGAGCGUGUAUGGCUGCAUCGUCUGCAAAGCCAACCUGUGCAAACAGCCAAGCUGCUUCUGGGAAUAUCACGGCUUGUCGUCUCUAAACAAAGGAUCAAUCAAAGUUGGGUUUCUCAAAGACAGAAUAAGUGGAGCGAUUGAGGUGGACGAGGUUUUGGACAGCGUGGACGAGGCAAUGGGCCCUGUGGAGGACCUGGAAUUUUCUGAUGAUGAGAGACUGGACGACCUGGAUGACGCUGAAGAAACUGAAGAGGUUAAGGAAGACUUUAUCAAAGAUCCAGAGUUCCAUAUGCCAUCAACAGCAAACGGCCAUGCCCAACCACCAGCCAUUGCACCUGCCUCUAAAGAGCGUGAGGAUUUCCUGACCGCCCGUCAGCUGAGGAUUGCCCUGUUCGCUCUCUGUGAUGGACUCCGCCAGGCCUCUCGCGUCUUUGCAACAGAGGCUCCGCUUAUCCGAUCCUGGCUGAAAGAGGCCCGGAAGCGUCUAAAGGAAAAAGAGCAGGAGCAGAAGGUCCAAACCAAUGGUGCGGAUCGUAUGGUGGCCUGGGUGCUAUCCAUGCGUGAACAGCAGCUUCCUAUCACAGAGAGCAACCUCUUCCACAAAGCUUCCACCCUCAAGAAGAAAGGAGGUUUUAGUGUCUCCUUCCGCAUCUCUUACGACUGGGCGGUGAACUUCAUGCUGGAGCACCGACUUGGUGUGCAGAGUUCUGGCAGGGCUGCGACACUGGAUCGCAUCCUGCCGCGUUUUCUGGAAGCCAAAGUAAAGACCUUCAGGGAGUUUACCCAGAAGAUCAUCCAGGCCCACAAGCUGACAAAGAGCACCGUUGCCGCGAUGGAUGAGCUUUGCAUCUUUGUGGACUUGAGAUUGGUUCAGGAGAAGUCUCGCCGCUCAGAGGCCUUGGAAUUCACAGGGUCUUUGCCUCUGCUCACCGUGUACCUGACGGUGCUGGCUGACGGCACCAUGCUACCUGCUCUGGUGCUGGGAAACAGGAAGCUCAAUGAAAGAGACCUGCCAGAGUUCAUUUUGCUGGAAGCUAGUCCAGAAGGGCUGUCGGUCGAGGAAGCGUUGGACCUCUGGAUUAAUAAGGUGUGGCUGCGCACCGGCCCGGCUCAGCAUAGUAAGUCAAUGCUGGUCCUGGACCGGCAUCGGGAGCACCUGGGUGAUCAUUUCCUCACCUCCAUCAGCAGCUCAGGGACUCUGCCAGUGGUCAUCCCUAGUGGGUGCUCCUUCUGUCUGCAGCCGCUGGAGAUCUGCAUGAAGCCGGUGCUGCAGCGCUUCCUGCUGUCACGCUGGUCAGAGUUCACUGCCAGGAAUCCAGUGGAGAUCAAGGAGACAUCACCCCAGUCCCUCCAAGCAAAUGUGGGUCAGGUGUUAUUUGACUGGUUGGUCGAGGCUCUGACACACCUGAAUAAAGUCCCACAGCUUUGGAAGAAGUCGUUUGACCUGACGGGUCUCCUGGUGGGGCCCAAAGAGGAGAAUGUGGAAUUGGACAACAGAACAACAGCUGAUAAAAGAGGCGGGAUUCAGUCCGAGCUACUGACGAUGCUGACUGAGAUCCUGCUUGGUGCUGAAGCUUCAGAGACAGAGUCUCCAGAUCUGCUGGAACUGGAGGAUGAAGAGGACUCAGAGGAGGAGGAACAAGCUGUGAAAGAAGAGACAUCAGAAGAGAAUCAGGAGGACAAAAAAGAUGAAGAGAAGAAAGAGAAAGAGGACAGGGAAGAGACGGGGAAGGAGUCAGAACAAAGAGAGCAGAUGGAGGAGGAAGGGAAGGAAGCUAAGGAGAAAGGUAGGACAGAGGAGGAGAUGGUGGAAGAUGAGGAGGAAGACGGGAAGAACAGUGAGGAGAAACAGGAGGUUAAAACAAUAGAGGAGGACAGUGAAGAAGAGGGCAAGGAGACAGAAGAGGAUAGGAAGGAGGCGAACAAGGAGAGAAGGGAGACCAGGAUAGUGAUUGGCGAGGAGGUUGGGGACGAGUGGAAGAUAACAGUGAAGAGCCGGGCCGAGGCCAACGGCGAAGAGGGCAGCAGGAAGGAGGAAAGCUGAACUAGGUGGAGGUCCACAAGCUUGACUUUGCACCAUCUCUUAACACUACAGGGGGGACGGUCUGGGGGCAGAACCUUCUGUUGGUGAGGGCACACCUGUCAAGGUAUCGACUGUAAGCAACUGCAGCUGUGUGCUAACGUUACAGACACUGGGGCUUUGGGGGCGAACCGGGGUACAACGGUGAAAACGGCUCCUUGAUCGUUGCGUUCUCAGUUUCUUUUAUUCGAGCCCCAUCUAGUCGACAACAGGGGAACUGCACCCCGUUCGUGUGAACCAUGCGGACAGAUGGGAACAUUUUUGCUUCGUUUGUUAUUUUUGGUAAUAAAUGAACCUUGAAGGUGCUUUUCUGACAGACAUGUUGGAGUUUUACACAGAAAGGGAUCGUGGAGUGGCCGAGUCACCGCUCAUAUUAUGUUUUUGUAUUUACGGUCAGAUUUGUUUCCAGACCAGCCAAUCAGGAUCCAUCUCCAUCUGCUCUCAUAGUUAGGUCUGUCUCAUAAAUAGUUAAAAACCUCUCCAGAAGUUCCUGCGUCCAGGUCGACUCGUUGGGCCAAUGUGAUCCUCCAGGAAAACUGACACGGAAAUGUGCUAACAAACCGAAACGGUCACAAAAAACGACCACAGGUGAAAACAUCGUGUGGAGGUGCAGAUUCAUCACCGCGUGCAGAAAGUGAGCGUGUUUUCUAAUGUGAUCAAACGGUUCAGUCAUUAAAGUGAGCAGAGGUGGACCUCCGCCUCGAUGGCAUCAUAUCAUACCAAAAACUCCACCCGUGUUCAGAGCAUGAGUGGAGUUUGGGUAUGAUCAUGGGUGGUCGCAGUAAUCCCACUCAGGCGAUCACGUCAACCCUAAAGCGAAAAACGCAAGGCGAAUGCUGGUUCUCUUCUGAUGAACAAUGGAGUCCUGGAAGCCGAUUGGCUGGUCUGGAUCUUGUGGCCAGGAAGUGUCCGUCUGAUUAUGACUCCUCGUGAAGCUGAUGAUGUUUUGGUGCUGCUGUACAGACUUUAGAUAAUGUUCCUCAUUAAUAAAACUAGAAUCUCUACCUCUGAGUCCGUCUCUAUAACUCUCGGAAAACAACUUUAUGUUGUGCCUGACGGUGACUCUGCACAAAUCAGCAGAGCGCCAUGUGACUUUUAUCUUAUCAGGUUUACCUGCUGUUGGCUUGACGAGCUGCUGAAACUAAACCAAACUGACCAGCGGGUUCAGAGUCCGAGUGACAAUGACAGUGCAGGAGGACGCUUUCAUAACAAGUCACUCAGACACUUUUCCCUCAAAGCUCUGAAUAAAUUGUGAUCAAUAAUCAAACUUUAUUGUUAUUCAAACACCUUUAGUGCAAGUUAUUGCAGAGCUACACAAGUAAAGGAAAAAAUGGCCUUUAAGGACAGAAAGUUCAGAAAAUGUUCAGCAACAAUAUUCAGCUAAAAUAAAUGAUUAAAUGAUUGCAGAUAAAAUGAAAAGUCAAAUGCAUCACGAGUGAGUUCAGUCUGUAAAUGCAGGUGAUGUUUGUGGAGAGCUGCAGAGGGCAGGAUGGUGGCGUUGCAGGUAACGGUCAGCAUAUGGGACAUUUAAGGUAGAAUAAGGGACAAAUACAUUUGGCUCAUUAUACAGGAUGUCCCAACUAAAAUGUUGGCGACCAUACCUGCCCGCCGCCUUA